AUGGGCCAAGCUACAUCGUCCGCGGUCAUGCAGGCCGUCGCCUCCGUGACCGGAUCGGCGGCUGCGGUAGAUCCGUUGGAGGUCAUGGGAAAGAAUAUGUUUGACGACAAGGUAAUGGCAGAGAAGCUACCGGCCGCAGUCGUCAAGCGAUUCCAGGAGUGCCUCAUCAGCGGCGCGCCCACGACCGAAGAGGAUCAGAAGAUCAUUGCCGAUACGAUGUUUGAAUGGGCGCGAGAACGCGGCGCCGUGGACUUCGCCCACUGGUUCUUCCCCCUGCGCGGACAGGGCGGCGCUGUCGGCGGUAUGCUGGGUGCUUUCAAGCAGGACACCCUCUUGGACCUUGACUUCUCAUCCAAGUUUGUCACGAAGCCCAUGAAGGCCUGCUUGCCAGCAGAGCGACUUUUCCAGGGAGAGACCGACGGCUCUUCUUUCCCCAACGGUGGCCUUCGAGUGACACACUCUGCAGCAGCGUUCACCACCUGGGACAGGGCAUCGCCGCCCUUUGUCCUCAACAAGACGUUGUAUAUACCCUGUGCGUUCAUCACGCACUUCGGGAAAUGCAUUGAUGAGAAGACACCUCUCUUGCGAUCUAUGGACGCCGUGAAGACUCAAGGUCUUCGACUGCUGAAGGCUGUUGACCUCGGCAAGAGCGCCCAGACGAUUUAUAGCUUCCUGGGAUGGGAGCAGGAGUUCUUCGUGAUGGACGCAGCCCUCUACAAGGCGCGCCCGGACCUCGUCAACACCGGCCGAACCUUGUUCGGCAAGUUGCCCACUCGGCACCAGCAGGGCGACCUGAACUACUUCCAAGCGAUCCCGACAAGUGUACAGACCUUGCUGGACAGGGUUCAGGCUGCCAUGCUAGUAGUAGGAUGCCCCAUGGCCGUCAAACACAACGAAGUCGCUCCUGGCCAGCAUGAGAUGUCUCCGGUCUUCCGGGUGGCCAACGUGUCCUGCGACAGCAACGUCUUCUUCAUGGAGACCAUGAACCGCGAGGCCGAGAAGCUCGGCUUGCAGGUGCUCUUCCAUGAGAAGCCCUUUGCAGGCAUCAAUGGCAGUGGCAAGCAUGCCAACUGGUCCAUCGGAACCGAUACUGGCCUCAACUUCUUCUAUCCCGGCAAGACAGAUGAAGGCAGGAAGCUCUUCGUGACUGGCAUCGCCUGCUUGGCAUAUGGCUUGUCUCAAUACAAUGAGCUCGUCCGCUGCACCGUGGCAACAGCAGGCAACGAUCACCGGUUGGGCGCCCAGGAAGCACCGCCCGCUAUCAUCUCGCUGUAUCCCGGACAAGGCUUCGAACAGUUUGUGGACGCGAUCAUCGGCGGCGCAGACCUUCUAGGCUACAAAGCCGAGAAGAAGCAUCAGCCGACGGGAUGCUCUCAGGCAAUGUUCAUUGAGGCCAACGUGGAGGACAGGAACCGCACAGCGCCCUUUCCCUUCUGCGGCAACCGCUUUGAGUUCCGGGCCGUGGGCUCCUCCCAGAACUGCUGUUUGCCCGUCAUGGUCUGCAAUGCCAUCAUGGCAGCUGGCAUGGGUAACCUCGCCGGCCUGAUUGAGGGUGGCAUGAGCCACAGAGAUGCUGUGGCAAAAAUGUUCAAGGAGAACAAGCACGUCAUCUUCACCGGGAACGGCUACUCCCCCGAGUGGAAGGAGGAAGCUGCCAAGAGAGGCUUGCCAAAUCUCAACACCACGCCGAAGGCCGUCGUGACCUGGAGCUCCGAGAAGAACAAGAAGCUGUUCCAGGAUCUGAAGAUCUACUCGAAUGAGGAGACGGAAGCCAGACAGGAGGUCAUGCUGGAGAACUAUAUCACUUGCCUCACGAUUGAAGCACAGACCAUGAUCAACAUGGUGGACACCGGCUUCAUUCCUGCUUGUGCCAAAGAUCUCAAGAAGUGCGAAAACAUGACCAGCAAGUACUCCGAGCCGAGAAAAGCCGCCUACGAAGCGAUCGUGGACGAGCUUGAAAAGCUCAAAGCGUCCAUGGACGCCCUGCCGCACGGUGACCUCGAGAAGGAGGCAACCUACCUUUGCGACAAGGUGAAGGUGCAGAUGGGCUCGCUCAGAGAGGCUGUGGACAAAGCAGAAUCCAUGAUGGAGAGCAGCCUGUAUCCGUACCCGACGUACGAGCAGAUGAUCUACUCGCACCAUUUUUGA